GGUACGCAGAACAGCAAAAGCAAGUACUGCCCUAUCCCAGUCCCCCCACCUCGUGUAAGGGCACGCAAUCAAGCCACGCCCACUCUCUCCCUCUUGCUCCUUGUCACGCUCCCUUGCAGUGUCGUCACCAUCAUGGCAACAACAGCUGCGCCCGUCGCAGCCCGAGCCCCGAGCUGGCCCGUAGGGCAAAGUCACGCUGACCGGCAGAGGAGCGCCUUCCCAGCAUGAGGUUCCCGGCGAGGGGCAGCUAGUGAUUGGGGCACGGAUAGCUUGUCAGAGCUGAGAGACAGUGCGCAGGCUCCCCCUCCAUAUGUGUAUUUAUAUGGAAAGACAUUUCCAUUGGGGGAGGGAGCAGGCGUUUGAGAGCUAUGUAGAUAGUAUGACAGGAAAAGCAUACAUGGACAGUACGCUUGUACAUAUCCCUGGGAGAUAGAGAAGGGCAUGUAGGACUACGUACGCACGCACAUUUAUUGCCAGAGACGUGUUUUUUUUCCUGUAGACAUAUGUGCAUGUACAGUAAGUGCUGGCCAAACUGGGGCCGCCAGACACGGAUUAUCCAAAGGCAGCGCCGGCACACGCUUGCUCCCACUCUCACGCACACAUAUUUACUGAGCUGCUGCUGCUGCUGGGCGGUCCCUGUGUGCGGGGAAGUCUCCGGGCUGCAGACACAUCUUCCUGUCUGUAGCGGGGGAAGUCUAGAGGAAGCGGGGAUCCUAGCACCAGGGGGUUGUGGGAGCCCCCACUGCUCCUGACAAGAUGUUCUUCCUGCGCCUUGUCACGGCGGAUUAUUAUCUGGCUGCCCCGUUGCCUGGGCUUGAUGUAACAAGGUCCCACUUCAGAGACGGUCCGGUGCGGAGAGUGCCAGUGGUGAGAGUGUUCGGGGCCACCCCUGCAGGUCAGAGGGCUUGCCUGCAUCUUCAUGGUAUUUUCCCUUACCUGUACACUCCAUAUGAUGGAUACGGACAGCAGGAUCCUGAACGUUACCUUCGUCAGAUAGCUUUCAGCAUUGACCGAGCACUUAAUGUGGCUUUAGGCAACCCCUCAGCCAAUUCCCAACACGUUUUCAAGAUUACAGUGGUUUCUGGAGUGCCAUUCUAUGGUUAUCAUGAAAAAGAAAGACAGUUUAUGAAGAUCUAUCUCUACAAUCCAGUAAUGGUGAAAAGGGUCAGUGAGCUUUUACAAGGAGGUGCUGUAAUGAACAAGUGCUACCAAUCCCAUGAGGCCCACGUUCCUUAUCUUCUUCAGCUCUUCAUUGAUUAUAAUUUAUAUGGAAUGAACUUAAUCAAUCUUGCUGCUGUAAAGUUUAGAAGAGUUCAGAGGAAAGGAGAUGGCUCAUUUCAUGGUACAGGUUUGCAUAAAGAUAUUGACCAACAAAGAUCCCUCUCUGGUACUUUUGUUCGAUGGGAGGAAGAUGAAAUACCAAGUUCUUUGUUGUUGGAGGAUGUGGAACCAAUAAGUACCUGUGAAUUAGAAGUAGAUGGUGUAGCUGCCGAUAUUCUAAACCGACAAGAAAUAGAAGCCCAGAUAGGGAAAAAUCCUGGACUGCAAGCAAUAUGGGAAGAUGAAAAGCAGCGCCGUCGAGAAAGGAGAGAGUCCUCACAAAUAAGCCCUCCAGAUUCUCAAGAUCGUGGGUUUGUUGCAGUGUCAGAAAGUGAAAAAAUUCUUCAGAAGAGACUGAAAGAAAUCCUGAAACAAAAUGACUUCUCAUUGACCCUACCACAUUCUCUAGACUGUAGUAACAUAUCAGAAGAAUUCUCUGUGGAACUCACACUGCACUCCCAGCUAGAAUCACCCGAGGUUGUUCUUUGUUCGCAAGCUAAUAUGGUUGAUGUUCACAGGGAUGAGCCACAAAGAGACAAAGGAUGUGUUGAUGAAGAACAAGAGGAUGCUGUCAUUGAUGAGGAAGCUAUUUUAAACAUCAUGGAAACCAGUCAAAUUUUCCAGUCACAGAGACUGAGUCAGUCUCCUGUUUUUUUGGACGACAACCAAGAUGAAGCCAUGGUUAAACUGUUAGCUGGUCUUGAAGAUGAUGGGUACCAGAUGGAUAUGUCCAGACGCUUAUCACAGCAUUCUUUCUCUGCGAGGUACAACAGUAUGCAGAAUAGUGACGAUGAAGAAAAUGAGCCACAGGUGGAAAAGGAGGAAAUGGAGCUCAGCAUGCUAAUGUCUCAGAGAUGGGACAACAACACUGAAGAACGUGAUACCAAAAGAAAUUUUAAGAGUAUUGAAGAAAGCUCACCUGAAGAGGAGGAUUCCACAGAUGAUGAAAUGGAAUGGAGUCGUAACAGACUUCUUUUAGCUGAUCUUUCUAUUCCUCAGCUGGAUGGCACAGCAGAUGAAAACAGUGAUAACCCUCUGAAUAAUGAAAGCACCCUUACCCAUUCUUUUGUUAUUGCAAAAAGCAAGUUACCUCUAAAGAAUUCAGUCUUUCACAAAGAUGCUGCUUCCUUCGAACCUCAGUCUUCUGCUAAAACAGCCUUUCAGUGUCAACACACAAGUGCCCUUUCAUCUCAUAUUUUGAAAAAAGAAGGUCUGAUAGAAGAGCUUCCGGAGCCAGCUGAAGAAAAGGGACCUGAACUUUCUGUCCAUUCUUUUCAAAAUGAUAGCACUUACAGUAUGAAAUACCCAGCAUCUUUUAACAAUUCUACAAGUCCAGAACUUCUACAUAAAGAAGUAAGCAAGAACGAUAUUACAAUUGCAGCAAGUGACAAGACCGCAUUUGAAGAUGGCAUCCCCUUAGUGAAUAGACAUUUGCAAUGCAGAAAAUUCACAAGCAUUAGAAAGACUGAUAAGGACACAUCUUUUUUAAAAUUAACUCGCCAACUUAGUGAAGGCACAUUGGAUAGAAAUCCUAGAAAUCUCAUAGAACUAAGUAAUCAUAAAAUGAAAAGAUCUUUAGACACCAAUGAAAAAUGCUGCAAUUCUACUACAAACAAAAUCUUUUCUGGAACUGUAAAUGAAAGCAAUGACUUGACCCCUUCUGUUGAUGUUAGCAGAGUCAUACUGCACACUGCAGAUAGUGCCAUAAAUGAUGUAAGCCCAAAUAAGCGUAAGGUUCGAUCUGAAGAGCUUCAAGAACACACAACAGAUAUGUCCAGUGGUAAUCAGCAGGUGACACAUUACAAAUUUUUUCCAAGUGUUGUCCUUUCCAACUGUUUGAACCGUCCCCAAAAACUUGCCCCAGUGACUUAUAAGGUUCAGCAAUGUAAAAAACAAUCAAGAUUGAAACUGGUUAAAAAAUUAAAGGUUGUGGAAUAUGAGCACCCUAGCGCUAGUGAAAAAGAUAUUGAGGGCCUUUUAGGUAAUCAGGGCUCUGUAGAAUACCGGGAAAAAAAACCUCUUCAGAAACAAACUAUAGUUACAGGUACAGAUAUGACAUUAUGCCCUUCAUACCAGGAUGCUGUAAAUGUAAAUGCACUUGUGAAGGACAGUAGUUAUGCCCCUGGUAACGCAUGUAGUAAAAGUCCUCCUGAUGUUGACAGAGUACCAUCAUGUGAUAUGGCAGUAAUGAUGGGCGAUGGUGCAUUUCAAAGUAAUGCUUGUGAGCUAAAUAGUUUUGCUAGUCAAUUUGAGGAAGGAGCGACAGAUUCAGAACCAUGUUUGGAAAUUUGUGGAAAUAAAUAUACUUUAAGAGGAAAAAGGAAAGUACAUUUUGAAAGUGAAGAUGGAGAGCCAGUUCAGGGUGCAACAAACUCAAAAUCCAGCCUACUUCAGCCUGAGGAAGCCACUGAUGAGGUAGAAAAUGUUCAGAAAGUGCGCAAGCGCAGAAAGGUUUCUAAUAAGUUGCCACCAGUAAUUAUAAAGUACAUCAUAAUUAAUAGAUUUAAAGGGAGAAAAAACAUGCUAGUGAAACUGGAAAAGCUAGAUCCCAGUGAAGAACAGGUCAGAUUAACAGAGGAUAAUAUAAAACUAUAUAACAGAAUGGCACCUUUAAAGGAUUUCUGGCCCAAGGUGCCUGAAUCUCCUGCAACCAAAUACCCAAUAUUACCAAUAACACCAAAGAAGAAUAACAGACGAAAAACAAAGCAAAAAUCUGUAAAGAAAAAACCUGGUAGACUACCUAAAACAGAAACUAAAGUGUUGAAGAGAGCCAUACCUGUUCGAAGAAAAAGAAUACGUUCUUUCUUAUCCCUUCCUAUUCCAACGUAUAAUGCUGAAACAGAUGACUGUGGCACAGACUACAAAGAUGUUAUGUCAAAACUUGGUUUUCUUGUGGAAAGGUGUCCAAGCCCCAUAAAUAUGUCUCCACCACGUUGUUGGUCACCAACUGACCCAAGAGCUGAAGAAAUUAUGGCAACUCCAAUUGCAGAUAUGCCUCUCUUUAAAAGUCCACUGUUAGUAGAUAGUAAUAAAGUACAUGGCAUUUCAAUGAAAAAGCAACAAAAGAGAAUCAACAAAUCUAGAAAAAAGAUAGCAACAAGUCCUUCUGCUCUUAGAAACCAGCCAAAAAAAAUCAGCCAGCCUAAUAUGGGCAAAGAUGGGAAAAAGCAGAAAGGCAAGUCAGGGUCAAAAAAAAGUGAAAAGGCUCCAAGAAAGCACACAAAGAUUAAAGAUAAAGACAAAAAAACAAAUGCUGAACCUAGAGUUUCUGAACAGUCCUCUUUGCCGCAAAAAGAACAUAUGGCAUCUACUUUAAAUGGAGCUGUGCAACCAGUUCCAGUCAUCACAAGAGAUUUUACUUUAUCAGGCUUUUCUACUGGGCAUGUGCACUCAACACAACUUCCAACAGAUAGUAGUACACAGAAUGAUUCACCUGGGAACAUAAAUUCUUUUACAGGAACAACAACCCCACUACAUUUUCAGCAAUUUUCAAGUAUUCCAAAAGACUGCUCAGCUUCAGCAUUUGUACCAUUAAGCCCAGCUAUUAAAACAUUCAGUAUUAAUGCAGUAAAGCCUCAGUUUCCUAAUGCAUUUCAAGUAAAGGAGUCAAGUGCAACUCAAAACACAACCCAAAAUUCAUUUACCCGUUCACCUCAGGUAAUACAAAAUGCACAGUUCACUUUAAAUAGCUCACUUACAACUCGAGAGGAUGCUGCAGAAGUCCAGAAAAGGCUGUUGGCAUCUGCUGGCAAACUUCAUGAUGUUCAGAACUCACCAAAUUCUCUUGCCUCUGAAAAGUUCCAGCCAAAGCUUUUUCCAUGUUCAUUUAAACAUUCUGGAAAUUUAGCUGAUACAUCUAAGAACAGCGAUUCAAACACACCAGUCACAUCUUCAGAGGAAGGCCAUGAAGCACUUAAUUCCCCAAACAGUUCUGUUGUAACAUGUUUGAAAAUGACAGCACUAGAGCAAAAGCAAAGAGGUGAUAGUUUUGAUGCUGCACAGUUUGCCACUCAGAGAGUGAAUCAAAAUUGCUUACCAGAAAUUUUUUCCUGCACAAAAGGUAUUCAGAAUACUAUGAAAUCUGUUUCCCCACAGGCACUACUUGAUGCACAUUCUGGAAUAGCUGUUCUUAAGGAACUGCUUCAUAAAAAGCAACAGAAAGUAUCAUUAAGUAGGGACGAGUCAACUGUUAAGCUCAAAUUAAGCUUAUCUGGUCCUUCUGAGCCAAAGAGUAUAAAGUCUGCAACACAUGGUAAAAAAACAAGGACCCCUAGAAGCGCAAAAUCUAAGGUGGCUAAUAAUGUUAAAACUGAGACAGGAAAACAUCUGAGUGAUUCUGAGAGCAAAAACUAUAUUCCUGAAAGAAGCCCAGGACUUUUUUCUGACCCUAGCUUUGAGAGCUGCUAUUCAAUUGAAGACAGUUUGUCUCCUGAGCAUAACUACAACUUUGAUAUUAAUGCUGUGGGUCAGACUGGUCUAUGCACCUUAUACUCUGGGAGUCAGUUUAUUCCUGCAGAUCAAAAUUUACCACAGAAAUUUUUGAGUGAUCCUUCUCCUCUCCCUGCUUCAGAUAAUGAAUGUUUAAAUCAUGAAUUACAACAGUCAGAAAAGAAGAAACCCCGUUCAUUAGGCCAUCCGCUGCUAAGACCAAGUUCGCUUAGUCCAGAUAUGUUUGAAAAAUCUGUUGAAUUUAAACAAAACCCUCUCCUAAAUCAGUGGAAAAAUUGCUUACUUUCUCAAAAUAACCACCAUACACAUCCAGUCGAUGGGUUUUAUAACUGUCAAUCAGAAGACAAAUAUAGGUUAAACAGAAGCAUUAGUCUAAAAGAUGUUACCUUUAAUUUUGCUCACACUGAAUGGGCUCAAACUGGGAUUAAACACACAAUGUUUGAUGCAUCCCUCCCCCCUAACUCAAAUUCCUCGUUUACAGGACUGUUACCUUCACCAGAAGGUGAUAUUGUUUCUGAUGAUUUAGAAUUAUAUAUAUCAAGACACAGUGGGGGACUUACACCAACUCCUGAUAGUUCUCCCAGAUCGAUAAAUUCACCAUCACAGUCCAAAAAUGGAAAUUCUACACCACGACCAGUGCACAUAUUAAAACCUCUCAUGUCACCCCCAAGUCGUGAGGAAAUAAUGGCAACUUUGUUGGACCAUGAUCUUAUGGAAACUAUUUAUCAAGAACCAUUUUUUAGCAAUCCUUCUGAUGCACCAGAAAAACCGAGAGAGGUUGGUGGCAGAGUUCUCACAGUAGAAACAAAAUUGCCUUAUAAUCUUCUUGAGUUUGAAGGUGACUUUUCAGUGGAAGGUCUUCGGUUCUGGAAGACUGCAUUUUCAGCAAUGACACAAAAUCCUAGACCUGUUUCACCAUCUCGGGUGAGCCGCCUUUUGGCUGAAAGAAGAAAGGACAGUCUCAGCUCUGAAAAUGAUAAAAAGCUGGUGAUCAUGCCGUGUAAAAGUGCUCCACAUCCUCAAAGAGUUCAAGUGUGGCUUCAAGCCAAAGAACUGUAUGAGACAUAUAAGACUACAUGCAAAGAUAAAGAAAUUCAAGAAGCAAGUGAAAGUAAGGCUAUCGAAACCACUUCUGUGCCUGCUGGCUGUAACAGCUUGCCUCCAAAGGAAAUCCAGAUUUUAUUAGCACAACCAGCAAGUUCAGAUGAUCUACCAGAGAACAUAGAUAAUAUAAAGAUUCAUCUAGCCAGUCCCCCUCCAGUACUUGACAGUGCAGAAAAGGAAUUUGUUAUCACUGCUUGCGCAUCCAAACCUGCCUCAAGUGGCAGGAGUGAUCAGAAUGAAUUAUUGGACAGUUCUGUUUCACCAGAUUCUCCAGUAUUAACAUCUUGGCAAGAAACUCUUUCUCCUGAUAAUACUAAUACAGCAGAAGAUAACAAGGAUUUUAAAAGUGGCAAUAUUUCCCCGACACCAUUUUUGGAGUGUGGAGCAACUCCUCAAGUGAAAAAUGAACCUACAGAUUUAUCUGACCUUUCUCCUUCUCAAGAAUCCCGGGGCAAAUUGAAAUCCAAACAUACUUGCAUGCACAGUACACCUGUCAUAGAAAGAAAGCCUGAAGCAGAGUCCACUGAAGCUCUCCUGUGCAGUCCUUUAUUAUCAGAACCAAUAUCCCAAAGAAUGAGCCAGAGGAGAGGACGCAAUCCAGAUAAACUUCGAAGAGUACUCCUGACAACUCAGAUGAAGAAUCAGUUUGCUACUAUGGCUCAGCUGAAAAGAGAAACAUCUCAGAUUGAAGGGCCUUCUCUAAAUAACUCCUAUGGCUUCAAAGUCAGUGUUCAAAACCUUCAAGAUGCAAAAGCUUUACAUGAGGUGCAACAUCUAACACUUAUGAGCAUGGAGUUACAUGCUAGAACUCGAAGGGACUUGGAACCUGAUCCAGAAUUUGAUCCCAUAUGUGCUCUAUUCUACUGCCUCUCUUCAGACUCCUUAUUGUCAAACGCCAACAAAAAACAAGUUACUGGUGCUAUUAUAGUUCAUCUCGAAGAACCCAGUAGUGAAGGUGGUAGAAGACAAACUCCAUUUCUUGCAAGAUCUGGUAUUACUGGCUUUGAAGUCACAUAUGCAGCAGAUGAGAAACAGCUGUUUGAGAUGUUGUUAAGUCUAGUCAGAAGGUUUGAUCCUGACAUUUUAUUAGGGUAUGAAGUCCAAAUGCAUUCUUGGGGGUAUCUCUUACAGAGGGCAUCUGCAUUAAAUGUAGAUCUGUGCCAGCAGCUGUCCAGGGUGCCAGAUGAUAAGAAUGAGAACAGAUUUUCGACAGAAAAGGAUGAAUAUGGCGCAGACACAAUGAGUGAAAUCAACAUAGUCGGUCGGAUUGUACUGAAUGUUUGGAGGAUGAUGAGAAGUGAGGUGGCCUUGACUAAUUACACAUUUGAAAAUGUGGCAUUUCAUGUCCUUCAUCAAAGAUUUCCCUUGUUUACUUUUCGAUCAUUAUCAGAUUGGUUUGAUAACAGGAAAGAUGUGCUCAGAUGGAGGACGGCCGAUUAUUACAUGUGUCGAGUCCAUGGAAGUCUGCAGGUAUUAGAGAAGUUGGACCUGAUUGGGAGAACCAGUGAACUUGCAAGGCUUUUUGGAAUUCAGUUUUUACAUGUCUUAACAAGAGGAUCACAGUACCGUGUUGAGUCAAUGAUGCUUCGCAUUGCAAAGCCGAUGAACUACAUACCUUUGACUCCAAGUAUCCAACAGCGAUCUCAAAUGAGAGCUCCACAGUGUAUUCCUCUCGUGAUGGAGCCAGAAUCGAGAUUUUACAGCAACUGCAUUUUGGUGCUGGAUUUCCAGUCACUGUACCCAUCUAUCGUAAUUGCAUAUAACUAUUGUUACUCUACCUGUCUGGGAAACAUUGAGAACCUGGGAAAAUACGAAGACUUCAAAUUUGGCUGCUCAUCUCUGCAAGUUCCUCCUGAUCUGUUGUACCAGCUACGACAUGAUAUCACAGUAUCUCCCAAUGGAGUUGCAUUUGUUAAGGCAUGUGUCAGAAAAGGGGUGCUACCAAGGAUGCUUGAAGAGAUACUUAAGACGCGCAUAAUGGUGAAACAGUCAAUGAAGAAAUAUAAACACGACAAAGGCCUUACACGGCUGCUUGAUGCACGCCAACUGGGUCUAAAAUUAAUUGCCAAUGUUACAUUUGGCUAUACUGCUGCUAACUAUUCAGGAAGGAUGCCAUGUGUGGAGAUUGGAGACAGUAUUGUCCACAAAGCCCGGGAGACUUUGGAACGUGCUAUAAAACUUGUCAAUGACACAAAGAAAUGGGGAGCAAAGGUUGUCUAUGGUGAUACAGACAGCAUGUUUGUGUUACUGAAAGGUGCUACAAAAGAACAAUCCUUCAAGAUUGGGCAGGAAAUUGCUGAAGCUGUAACCGCCACAAACCCCAAGCCUAUAAAGUUGAAGUUUGAAAAGGUUUAUUUGCCCUGUGUCUUACAAACAAAGAAAAGAUAUGUUGGUUACAUGUACGAAACUGUUGACCAAAAGGAUCCAGUUUUUGAUGCUAAGGGAAUUGAAACAGUCCGAAGAGAUGCUUGCCCUGCUGUUGGAAAGAUUCUUGAACGUUCGCUGAAGCUGCUAUUUGAAACCAGAGAUAUAAGUCAAAUCAAACAGUAUGUCCAGAAACAAUGUAUAAAGCUUGUGGAAGGCAAAGCCAGCAUGCAGGACCUCAUUUUUGCUAAGGAAUACAGAGGAAGCUUUGCUUAUAAGCCUGGUGCCUGUGUCCCAGCAUUAGAACUAACAAGGAAAAUGGUGGCCUAUGACCGUCGCUCUGAGCCUCGUGUUGGUGAAAGAGUCCCUUAUGUAAUAAUAUAUGGCAGCCCCGGAGUCCCUCUUAUUCAGCUUGUGAGACGGCCCAUUGAUGUUCUUCAGGAUCAUAAUCUUAGAUUAAAUGGCACCUACUAUAUCACCAAACAAAUCCUGCCGCCAUUGAAUCGAAUCUUUUCGUUAAUUGGAGUGGAUGUUUUCAGUUGGUAUGAUGAAUUACCAAGGAUACAAAAGACUUUCUCGACUGCAAGAAACGAGCAGGAAGCAAGAAAGGGCACAAUCUCACAGUAUUUUACCACCUUACACUGUCCAGUUUGUGAUGAACUGACACAACAUGGGAUCUGCAGCAAGUGCAGAAGUCAACCGCAACAUGUUGUAGUAAUUCUUAAUCAAGAAAUCCGGGAACUAGAAUAUAAACAAGACCAGCUUGCCAAAUUAUGCAGGAAUUGCACUGGCUGCUCCAACCAACAGAUCCAGUGUGUUUCCCUCAAUUGUCCGGUACUUUUCAAGCUCUCUAGAGUAAGCCGGGAGCUGUGUAAAGCCCCCUACCUACGCCAGCUGCUCGACCAGUUUUGAUUGGUGUUCUGCUAUUAAUGGUGCUAUUUUUCGUGGUUUUUUUUUUAAAUUUCACACUACAAUCUGUCGUGCAUGGUGCUGUUCCAAUUUUUUCUGUUGUUGUUUGUCUUUUUUUGUUUCAUAUAAAAAUACUUUGUUAGCAAUCCCUUUAUUGCCACCAGUUGUGGAAAGGGGAAAUGUACGUAUUGCUAUCUUUAUACAUUGUACAGAAUAUUUUUUGUUUCUUUAUUUGAAUUUUGUAAAAUACCGUUUUAUAAGGCAGUUCUUUAAAUAGAAUAACUCUGUAAAUUCAUUUCUUACAAUAGGCUUUCUUUAUGCCCUAGUAAUAAAGUGCUAGGGAAGUGGCACUGACAAUACAAAUGUUUCUCUGUGGAUAAACCAGUAUCAGGUCUCUGGUUGGUUCUAGAGUCUCGAUAUUCUUUCUACGUUUCAUUGCGAGCCGCAAUGGUUUGUAAAUAGACUUUUUUUUACUUUUGAAACAACUUGAGUAAAAUAAUGUGCAAUGGGAUUUUCUACACAUGCAAGCAUUGGCAGGUAUAUUUCCUCUUGCAUUCGCUCCACUCGGAUCAUGACCCUCUUGAUUUUGCUCUGGCCGUGCAGAUUGUAUUUCAUUGUAGCGUUGUCACUUUGUUUAAGGAAAGGAAAAUGAAGAAGGAAAAAAAAAAAAAAAUAUUGGUGUCUUGCUUUACCUGUUCAUGGGGCAUUGUGAGGAACUGUGCUGAAACUUUUGUUACAAAAGUGUGGGGCUGUUGCAAUACUUUAUAAAGUUUAUUCCAUUUGGCUUGUUUUGUAUAGACAUUUCUAUGGUUUCUAAAUAUGCUUAUUAUUUUUUUUUCUCCUGUACAGUUUAAUCUUCUUUGCCAUCACCUGGAAUACAACAGUGUAUUUAGAGUAUUUGUAUAACUGUAUAAAAUGGGGAAAAAUGGAUUAUGUGCUCAGUGUAUUGUUUUAUAAACUGGAAAUUCGUUUGAGAAGUUACAAUGGAAACUAUUAAAAUUGAAUAAAACCUG